UUAUAGUAUAGGAGUGGAGUGUCUCUGAAAAAGCUCUUGACUGGUCAUUAUCUUCUGCACUCUGCACAGGACUCCAUGCCCAGGAACUGCAGAUGCCCAACAGCAGCUCCAUCAGCCAGUUCCUCCUCCUGGCGUUGGCAGACACGCGGCAGCUGCAGCUCCUGCACUUCUGGCUCUUGCUGGGCAUCUACCUGGCUGCCCUCCUGGGCAACGGCCUCAUCAGCACAGCCGUAGCCUGCCACCACCGCCUGCACACCCCCAUGUACUUCUUCCUGCUCAACCUCGCCCUCCUCGACCUGGGCUGCAUCUCCACCACUCUCCCCAAAGCCAUGGCCAAUGCCCUCUGGGACACCAGGCACAUCUCCUACGCUGGAUGUGUUGCUCAGACCUUUCUGUUUGUCUUUCUGAUGUCAGCAGAGUAUUGCAUCCUCACCAUCAUGUCCUAUGACCGCUACGUUGCCAUCUGCAAGCCCCUGCACUACGGGACCUUGAUGGACAGCAGAGCUUGUGCCACCAUGGCAGCAGCUGCCUGGGGCACUGGGCUUCUCUAUUCCCUGCUGCACACUAUCAGUACAUUUUCUCAGCCACUGUGCCGAGGCAAUGCUGUGGAUCAGUUCUUCUGUGAAAUCCCCCACAUCCUCAAGCUCUCCUGCUCUGAAUCAGACUACCUCAGGGAAAUUGGUUUCAUUGUGUUUACUCUUCUUGCCGUAUUUGUGUGUUUUGUUUUCAUUGUUGUGUCCUAUGUGCAGAUCUUCAGGGCCGUGCUGAGGAUGCCCUCUGAGCAGGGACGGCACAAAGCCUUCUCCACGUGCCUCCCUCACCUGGCUGUGCUCUCCCUGUUUCUCAGCACUGACUUUUUGGCCUACAUGAAGCCCCCAUCCAUCUCCUCCCCAUCCUUGGACCUGGUGGUUUCAUUUCUCUACUCGGUGGUGCCUCCAUCAUUAAACCCCCUCAUCUACAGUAUGAGGAACCAGGAGCUCAAGGAUGCAGUGAGGAAAAUGUCAUGGACAAAUUUCAGUAGGGUCGUCUUCUCAUCUGCCUGA